AUGACAACUUUUGUGCCUUUACUCACUAUCCCUAUGGACACUCUUGUGGCCAAUCUCAUUGGUGCCCAUGCCUUCAUAACCACAUACUUUGAUUCUUCUGUAGCACAUAUUAUAGGACCCCAGGACCUCAUUGUUGCUGUUAACCAGACCAGCUCCUACUUGGAGUGGAAAACCUGGGUGGUUGCAGAGGUGGAGCAUAAAGAUUUCUUGUGGGAUUAUGAUACUUCCUUUCUUCUGCCUGGGGAGCUGAAUUGUAAAAAUGAGAAUCCAUCCUCCAUUCUCCACUGGCUCCUGCUCCCUUCACAUGCUAUUUCUGCCCCCACUGCUCUGGUUGUCAUUGGCUCUACUGCCUUAGUCUCCAAGGCUAUGGAACUAGAGGCUAGUUCAUCUAGAGUCUCUCUAGCCAACACCUAUCAGGAUCUCCAGGUUUCAAGAGAAUCUAGUUUCACCUCUGUUGCUAAAAAUACCAUCUCUAUGAGCCACAGUGGCUCACAAACAUCAGUAGGAGACAGAGAUCUGGUUCCUACUGUAUCUGAUCCCACCUCUAAGAGGGCUAAGCUUAUCCUGGAGAGUGAUAGGCCUGCUGGCUCUUCUCCAUACUCAUUGGUACCUCUGAUCCUUAUCAUUUAUCUUGCCUUUCCAGCACCUCCCAAACCUGCUUCUCCUCCUCUUACAUGUGUGUCUUCUUUCUGGUGCAAAGAGAUGACAGUUCCAGUGGCCUCUGGGAAGCCUCCUUGCCCUCAGCACAUGCAGAAGUCUACUCCUGUGGUUUCUAAGCCUCCUGCCAAUAUGACUGUAAGGGCAGCUGUUGACCACACCAUUUAUACAUGCACCUUUCACCCAGACAUUGAUCUCCAAUUUGACAAACCUCCUUUCCAUCAGGCCUUAGAAUCUAUGAAGCUUUCUAUGCUUUCUGUCACUCCUGAGUCUUUGACUAAACCAUCUGCAUGA